GGGAUAUGUAGUGCUUGACUUCCGCAGUGCACGCUCCGCCAGCAGGACAUUUUUUCCUGGUUUGGGGGCAAGGUCUCAUGGGAAAGGUCAUGUCUCUCGAGGAAAGGUUAUAAACCCUUUGAUAUGAGGGUUGGGCGAGAAACCGACCCUGUCGCGUUCCGUGUUGGGACCAGGAAUAACCCUGACUUCUGAGCCUGCAUAACCCCAGGAUACUCCAGAAAAUUUGCGGCGCGCCGAGGGAAAACCUUGCUGAAGCUGUAUAUUGGAAUGGGUUUACAGUCAUCGUAAUGGAAGCAAAAUACAUGAAGGAAAAACAGUUCUUUGUAUCCCUGCUUAUUGCACCUGACGACUAGUUGCAGAUGGUUUUGUUUACCUAAGAAAACUUGUGAUGUAAAUGAAAAAAAACACCUGUUUUCCUAGACUCAUUGGUUACAGAUAUGCUUCGUCUAAGAGCUAUUUGUCCAUUCUCCUGGAGAGUGUUUCAAUUUCGACCCAUCAGUUGUGAACCACUAAUUAUUCAGAUGAAUAAGUGUACAGAUGAGGAGCAAAUAUUUGAUUUUAUUGAAAGAAACAAAGCCAUACUUUCAGAAAAGCAAGUGGGAUGUGCAUUUGAUAUGCUUUGGAAGCUUCAAAAGCAGAAGACCAGCCUGUUAAAAAAUGUUGAGUAUGUCAGAGACCAUCCUCAAUUUCUUACUCUUCAUAAUUUAGCUACAAAUAAAUUCAAAUUAAUGAAUGACGAUACCCUGGUGAAUGUGUUACACAUCACACAGCGGUUUGCUGGUGAGUCCCACGACCCACUAGUUGAAGCACUAGUUACAGAAGCAUGGAGAAGGUUAGAAAGGUUUGAUAUUAAACUGCUCUCAGAAUUUUCCUCUUGCCUAGCAGAUCAGCAUUUGUAUUUUAGUCCAUUAAUGGGAAAAAUAGCUGAUAUUGUUCAUAGGAACUUGGAAACCACACAGGACUUAAGUUCCUUGUCUGUCUUGAUGGUCAACAUAUCUUCUUUAAUAUCACGACAUUUUCAACAACAACUGGUGAACAAAACAGAACUUCUUUUUGACACCAUAGAUUCUUCUGAGGUCAAUGUUGCAAUAAGAAUAGCACGGUUUCUUCGAAAUAUUAAAUAUUGUUAUCAACCACUAUUAGAAAAGUGUAAUAACGUAUUUUUAAGUAAUGUGGACCAACUUGAUUUGGAUUCCAUCAGUAAAAUAUUUAGGCUAUACAAGUUUCUACAGUUUAAUAGUUUUGAAUUUAUUAUGAUGGCUAAAAAGAAGCUAACUGAAAUGAUUCCUCUGUGUAAUCAUCCUGCUAGCUUUGUAAAAUUGUUUGUAACAUUGGGACCCAUUGCAGGACCUGAAGAAAAGAAACAACUUAAAUCAACUUUGUUAUUGAUGUCAGAGGACCUAACUGGUGAGCAAGCCCUGGCAGUGUUGAGAGCAAUGGAAGAUAUGGAAAGCAGAAAUUCACAUCUGAUUAAAAGAGUUACUUCAGUUCUGCAUAAACAUUUGGAUAGCUAUAAACCAUUAGAGUUGUUGAAGAUAACUCAAGCACUGACUUUUCUGCAUUUCCAGAGGAAGGAGUUUUCUGCAAAACUUAGAGAAUUACUGCUUAGUUAUUUGAAAAUUAGUUUCAUACCAACUGAGGUGUCCAUUCUGGUCUAUGCUAUUUCCCUACUCCCUUCUCCUCACUUGGACGAAGUGGGGAUAUCCCGAAUUGAAGCUGUUUUACCACAGUGUAACCUAAAUAACCUGAGUAAUUUUGCUACAUCUGUUUUAAGAUGGAUUCAGUAUGAUCACAUGUAUUUGGAUAGUAUUACUGGGAAACAACUGAAACUACUUCAAAAAUUAGAUCACUAUGGUCGUCAGAGACUACAACACAGCAACAGUUUGGAUCUGUUAUGGGAGGAACUUAAAUCUGUCAGAGGAAACACGUUUCCUGAGUCACUUCUUGAAGAAAUGAUUGCUACUUUACAGCAUUUCGUGGAUGAAAUUAAUUACGUAAAUGUUGUGGAGAUUGCAUCUUUUAUUUCUAAUACUGAUUACCUCAGUACUUUGCUACUUGAUAGGAUAGCCUCAGUGGCUGUUCAGCAGAUUGAAAAGAUCCAUCCUUUUACAAUCCUUGCUAUUAUUCUUCCAUUCAGCACUUUGAACUAUGAUCCACCUCAAAGGGAUGAAUUUUUUGGAACUUGCGUGCAACAUCUUAAUUCUUAUUUAGGUAUAUUGGAUCCUCUUAUGUUAGUGUGUCUUGGUUUCUCUUUGGCCACACUUCAAUAUUUUCCAGAAGAUCUGCUAAAGUCAAUUUUUAACAUCGAAUUCUUAGCUAGAUUGGAUUCUCAACUUGAAAUUUUAUCUUCAUCUCUAAGUGCAAGAGUCCAGUUUCAUCUUAUGGAGUUAAAUAGAUCAAUCUGCUUGGAAUGCCCUGAGUUUCAGAUUCCAUGGUUUCAUGACCGCUUCUGUCAACAAUAUAAUAAAGGUAUUGGCGGCAUGAGUGGAGCACAACAGCAGAUUUAUAAAAUGUUAACAGAGGUACUAGGAGGAAUCAAUUGUGUAAAAGCCUCGGUUCUUACGCCUUAUUACCACACAGUAGAUUUUGAGUGUAUCUUGGAUAAAAGAAAAAAACCUCUUCCAUAUGGAAGCCAUAAUAUAGCAUUGGGACAGCUACCAGAAAUGCCCUGGGAAUCAAAUACUGAAAUAGUUGGAUCAAGGCUGCCACCAGGGGCUGAAAGGAUUGCUUUGGAAUUUUUGGAUUCAAAAUCAUUUUGUAGAAAUAUCCCUCACAUGAAAGGAAAAUCUGCUAUGAAAAAACGACAUUUGGAAAUUCUGGGGUAUCGUGUAAUUCAGAUUUCUCAGUUCGAAUGGAACUCUAUGGCACUGUCAACAAAGGAUGCUCGGAUGGACUACCUGAGAGAACGUAUAUUUGGAGAAGUCAAGUCAUGACUGUAGGUUUUAUUUAAAAUGAAUGUUACCAUUUGUCACAUUUGGACUUAUUUUAAUUAAGUGGCCUGUCUCAAUAAAAAAAAUAAUAGGUACAAAUGUCCUAAGGUGGGAACAUACCUGGCAUGUUUCAGAAUAACGAAGGAUCCAGUGUGGCUGGAGCAGAACAAGUGGGGAGUGGGAUGGGAGUAUAUAAGAGAAAAGGUAAGAGAUAACAAAGUCAAAUACAACCUCUUGGCUACUCUGAGUGAGAUGAGAAGCCAUUGGAGGGUUUCAAGCAAGGAAUGGUAUGAACUCACAUUUUAACUGCAUUACUUUGGCUACCUUGUUGAGAUAAGAAAAGACUAUGAUGAGGCAAAUGUGUAAGAAAGAAAACUCUCUAUGAGGUCAUUGCAGUAAUCCAGGCAAGAAUGGAUGGUGACUUGGAGAGCGUGGUAGCAGUGGAGGUAAUGAGAAGUAGUCAGAUUUUUUGGAUAUAUUUUGAAGGUAAAGGCAACAGAAUUUGCUUGCUGAUUGGAUAUAAGGUAUGAGAGAAAUAGGAGUCAAGGAUAAAUCUAAGUUUUUGUCCUAAGCAACUCAGAGGAUGUCAUUAGCAUUAACUAAGAUGGGGGAGUCUACAGGAGGAGCAAGAUGGGGGGCAUGUCAGUGAGGGUUGAUCACAAGUUUGCUUUAGAUAUGUUGAGUUUGUGAUGUCUUUUAAAUGAGAUUAGAGAAGAGUGUGAAUGGAGGAGAGGUCUGAGGACUGAGUUUUCAGGUGCUCCAACAUUAAAAGAUUAAGAGGAAGAGGAGGAAUUAGGAAAGGAGACUGAGCAGGGAUGGCCAAUGAGGUAGGAGGAAGGAAGGUAGUAAUACUUCUAGAAGCCAAGUGGAUAAAGCAUUUCAAGGAGGAGGUGAGUAGUUGUAUCAGAUGCUGCUGAAAGGUCAGGAAAGAUGAGAAAUGGGAAAUGGUUAUUAAAUUUAGCAAUAUGAAAAUCAUUCGUACUUUGAAAAUAGUUGUUUUGAAGUGGCGCAUGUGAAAGCCUGACUGGUUCAAGAGAAAAUGAGAGGAGAUACGUUUUCUCCUAAAUGGAAGCAAAGAAAUGGGGUAGUAGCUGAGUGGACCAAUCUUGACCUGGUGUAAUCCUACACAUGUUGAGGGAAUAAUGGCUUUUCCUUGUCUUACAACACAUUGAUUGAAUAAAAUGGUUACUAAGGGC